AUGUCAAAGCGACUGCGGAGUAGCUCGGUCUGCGCGGACUGCAGCGCUGCGGAUCCUCGGUGGGUGUCCAUAAACAGAGGCGUUCUCGUCUGUGAUGAAUGCUGCAGCGUUCACCGAGGUCUGGGUCGACACAGCUCACAAGUGCGGCACCUGACUCACUCCACGUGGCCCCCAUCACAGCUGCAGAUGGUGCAGACGCUGUACGGUAACGGGGCAAACUCCAUAUGGGAACACGCGCUUCUAGAUCCUUCCUCCUCAGUGACUGGAAAACGCAAAGCCAACCCUCAAGACCGGGUGCACCCAAACAAGACGGAGUUCAUCAAAGCCAAGUAUCAGAUGUUGGCGUAUGUCCAUCGGAUGCCGUGUCGGGAAGACGACAGUGUAACGGCCAAAGACCUCAGCAAGCAACUUCACUCGAGUGUUCGAACUGGAAAUCUGGAGACGUGUCUCAGACUGUUGUCGUUAGGAGCUCAGGCCAACUUCUUUCACCCGGAAAAGGGCAACACUCCUCUACACAUAGCAGCAAAAGCUGGACAGAUUUUACAAGCAGAACUUUUGGCAGUUUAUGGAUCAGAUCCUGGGGCUUUGGACUCGUGUGGAAAGACUCCCAUCGACUACGCAAGACACGCCGGUCAUCAUGAACUGGCCGAGAGACUGGUGGAGAUCCAGUACGAGCUCACAGACCGACUCACCUUCUACCUCUGCGGCCGGAGACCAGAUCACAGAAACGGGACACACUUCAUCAUUCCACAGAUGGCCGACAGUUUGGAUUUGUCAGAAUUUGCAAAAGCUGCGAAGAAGAAACUCCAGUCGCUCAGUAACCAUCAGUUUGAGGAACUGGCCAUGGACGUCUACGAUGAGGUGGACAGAAGAGAAACAGACGCAGUUUGGCUGGCAACACAAAACCACAGUACCCUCGUCACAGACACAACAGUCGUACCAUUCCUCCCAGUUAAUCCGGAAUAUUCCUCCACCAGGAACCAGGGCCGUCAGAAGUUGGCCAGGUUCAGUGCCCAUGAGUUCGCCACCCUCGUUAUUGACAUUCUGACGGAUGCCAAACACAGACAAUGGGGAAAUACCUGUGAAAAUCCAAAAGAGAAUGUUGAGCUGAUUCUUCAGGGAAUAAACAGUCGCCACAACAGCGAGAGCCAAGACAUGGACCAACCGGACUACGACAGCGUGGCGUCUGACGAGGAGCCCACACAAGAGCCCUGUGCUGACAGCGGGACUGAUGGGAGGACCAAGAGCUCGGAGUCGUCAGACCUGUCGGAUGGACCAAUCACUGUUCAAGAGUUUAUGGAGGUCAAAACUGCGCUCACUGUUUCAGAAGCCAAAAUAAAACAGCUCCUCAAAGUGAACUGCCAUCUGAGUGAAGAGCUGAGGGCGAUGCAAAACAAGCUGAGCUCCCUGCAGACGGAGAACACCACACUGAGAUGGCAGACUCCUGCAGGACCUCAGCCUCAGGGGCCCUCAGGUCGGGGGCCUCUGAGGGGGGGCCGUGCUCUGUCCAUGUAUGAGACCGGCUCCAGUCUGAGGUCCUACCCCCCACGUACAGACCCCACAAGGACCGAGGAAGGGGUCGUACUACAGCCGUUCCAGACCAAUAUUGGGAGGGGUCCUUUGGGGACGGCUGCCUCCUCUCUCCCCACCUUCCCCUCCUCCCUGUCCUGGUCGUGGGAUGAGAGAUCUCGAAGGGGCUGCAGUCUGGAAGGACGGAGCACAGUGUUGGAGAAUGAUUAUGAUUCUACACCGAACCACUCUGAGCUGGAAGAGGCGGGGAGUCCUCUCCAGACCCUGGACUGCUCUGAUCCUGCAGCUGAGGACGUGUCUCUGCCGAGCACCGAGGACGUGAUCUGUAAAACUGAGCAGAUCACCAAAAACAUCCAGGAGCUGCUGCGGGCGGCUCAGGAGACCAACCACGACAGCUUCCUGCCGUGCUCAGAGAGGAUCUGUGUGGCUGUGACUGAGAUGGCGGCUCUGUUUCCAAAGUAUCCGGCCUCAGAGACCGUGCGUGGCUCUCUGUGUCUGCUCACGUCCAGCGCCAGUCGUCUUCACGGCGAGUGCCAGAAGGGGGCGGAGUUCGGUCCCUCAGACGUCCAGCUGGUCACGCAGCAGGUCAUACAGUGUGCCUACGACAUCGCCAAGGCCGCCAAGCAACUGGUCACCAGUCCGGGCAGCGGUUUGGAGCCUCCCAUCACGAGGGCACAGUUCCGGGUUGGUGAGUCCGCUUCUGUCGCCGCUGCUGCCGCCUCCUUCUGCCCUCCACAGCCCGGAGACAUGUCUCUGCUACUGGACAAUCAGUUCUCAGAGUUACCAGAGGACAGGUCCGUGGACACGCAGCAGUUCCUGGACGCGGUCUCCCAUCUCCCUGCCUUCAUAGACUGUCUGGGGUCAAAGGUCUUCUCUGUCAUCAAGUCCGACAUCGUGGGGAACAUCACGAAAAUCCGAGGCGUUUAUGAGAAGGAUCCACAGAGAUACGUGACGCUGAGACACAUCCUGGAAGCGGAGAGAGAGGAGCACGGCUCGGAAUGGCCCAAAGUCGGAGCCACUCUCGCUUUGAUGUGGUUAAAAAGGGGGCUCCGUUUCAUUCAGAUCCUGCUUCAGAGUUUGGCAGAUGGAGAAAAGGAUGAGAACAACCCCAACCUGAUCAGAGUGAGCAUCAACAAGGCCUACGAUGGGGCGCUGAAGCGGUACCACGGCUGGAUCGUGCAGAAGAUCUUCAAGGCCGCGCUCCUCGCUGCCCCCUACAGGUCGGACUUCCUGAAGGCCCUGUCCAAAGGCGAGGAGGUGGCGGAGGAGGAGGUCCUGGUGAACGUGCGGCGGUUCCUGGUGAACUUCUCCGUCACCGUGGACGCCAUCUACGACAUGUUCACGAGUCUGAACGCCGAGCUGGACUACGCCGUCUGA